GUCACAGCUCACAAGAAGAGAUAGCCAGCCAGUAUAAAUUGAGUUGGAAAAAAAAUCCAUCCUUAUGCUAAAAAUCCAGUCUUUGCGCUAAAUUUUGAAUUGCGUUCAAUUCCCCGAAGCUAAAGUAGAAGAAGGACAUCCUUAAUCGUUCUCUUGUAAUUUCGGAUUCGUAGCGAGGAUUUCGCCGGACAAAAUUUGAUCUUCACGGUAAAAAGAUAAAAGGGUCCUGUACAUUUUCUUUUUGUAGGACAACUACUCACUUGUAGGUAUAAUAAUAGUUGAUGCUCUUUACAUAAUCCUGGGAUGAAUCUGCUAGAUCCAUAUUUAACGAGAAAUCCAGAGCCUAGAGGUGUCAUUCAGUGGCAGCUGAAGAUGGAAGAUCUGAAAUUUUGACUCUUCUAUUGCUUUUAGUGUGCACUAAUUGGUUAUUGUACAUGACCAAUACAAAAUUAUACAAUCAUUUACAUAAGUUACAGAAGAUUUCAACGAUUAGCAAUGGCAACAAGCCACGCUCAUUGCCACGGAACAUCAUCCCGGGAUUUAGUGGUUCAAAACUCUUGCUAUAGAUAUACAUGAUGCGUAUUUAUGUUUCAGGAUGUGUUGUUUGGCUUCUUCUUACGUCAAUCAACCAGCUAGAUGCUUCGAGAGAGAGAGAAAAAGCGUACGAUUAACUUAGAGGGGUUUGGAUGGCAUUGGAGGACCCGUUUAUCUGGGCACUGGAUGUGUCUUUAACAGAAAUGCUUUAUAUGGCAGUGUCGCUAUGAGCCUCCCCACAAACCUAAGAAUUAAAAACCUGGUCUUGUUGUGGUGGUUCAAGAAAGAAGACAUCUAAAUCAAGUAAGAAGGGAUCCUGACCAGACGAGGUGCUGCUGGUUUGGACAAUGAGAAGUCACUGCCCAGUCUGCAUUUUUUGUUGAGAAUGGCUGUGUUCCUUGGUCUGUCAUGCCAGAGACUCUUCUCAAAGAGGCAGUUCGAUCACCAACCUGUUUGGUCACAAUGACCUUUUGGGACUUUUCUCAAAUCAGCUCAAAAAGUGAAAAACAAGAAUUUAUCAGUAACUUGUAAAUGUCGGCAUAUAAAAAGCCUUUUUGCUUCAUCUAGCUUGUAUAUUUGGUAAUGAGAAGUAACUAUAUCUAAAUAACUUGAAAUUUUUGUGUGUGAGGGAUUGUAUUUCCAGAAAAGGCUCACCGUGUUUUGGCAUUCACAGAAGAUAUUUUGACAGGAUUCAAAGUGCAUACCCGUGGUUGGUGAUCAAUUUAAUGGUUUCUCUACAGACCGGCCUUCAAGGGUUCGGCUCCUAUUAACCUUCAGAACCAGGUGCUUGGAUGGGCUUUGGGUUCUGUAAAUUAUUUUCAGUAGGCAUUGUCCUAUUUGGCAUGGUUAUGAAAGAAGAUUGGAAUGGUUGGGGUGAUUUGCAUCAUACGAUGUUUAAAAUUCCAAGCAACUGCUACAUUUUGGGUGCUUAACUAUGGACUUGUACUCAUUACUAAAUUAGCUUGAUCUCGUUUGGAACGAUGUUGCCUGUGCACGGAGUAAAGAAGCUUGAUCGAUGUUGCCAAACUGGGUAGUCGUAUUGGACGUUUACAAGAAGAUCGAGUUGGUAGAUAACUCAAACUUUAGGUGUACUUUGAGCAUCAUAUUUAGCAUUCUUAUGCGCUAUUUCCUUUCCUAUAUGCAACUCCCUAUACAGAAACAGGUGAAUUUUCCUCAUAGGUGCAUUGCUACAGCUAUCAUGGUGAACCACCACUUUAACCAACAUGAACUAUGUAUUUACAUAUAUGGUUGGCCAAAGAUUUAUUUCACCUGGGCAUAUGGGAGAUGGAACUAUUGAAUCCACAGGUUGCUGGGAUGAUUACAUUUUUCUUCACAUGGACAUGGAAGUCUUAAGAAGUCCAGGACAAAAUACACUUGGUUCUUGACUCCUUGGAUUCUCAAAUUUGACUUGAAGACGGAUAGAACUAGCUAGCAUCCCAGAAGCAUCAUCACCUACCACAAAUGGUUCGCUUGCAGUCUGUGUUGGGGAAGAGAAAACGAGGCUCUGAAAGGAAGCGGCUGAAGAGAGCUAGGUUGGAAGAAAGAGAUGGAGUUUUGGUGGAAAAUACUGCACAAGAAUCACUAGUAGUGGAGGAGAGAGAUGAUAUCAUGGUGGGAGAUGGGGUACAUGGCUCACUUGAGAAGGAUUUAGUGGGUGAGGAGAGGGACAAGAAGAUUCAGGAACUAGAAUCUAAAUACCCAAGAAUCUCAAGAGAACAUAUCAUUUGGUUUUAUGAGCGCAAAGACAAGAUAUGGUUGAAACAACCAAAUAAUCAAGUCAAACUAUCUCUUGGUGUUCUAUGGGUAUUAAGAAGUAUCUUUGGGAUGGCUUACCGCACUAUAUGCAUUGAUAGGGGGGUUCAUACCAAUAUAUGCAAUGUGAAGAUUGUGAACGAUCGGGUUGUGUAUCUUGAAAACCACUUCAAAGAACCCGAAAGCUUUGAAGAGGUGAAAACAUGUAUCAAUGAUGUGAAAGAUCUUGUGAUGUUGAUUCUUGAUGUUGUUGAAAAAAAAGUCAAGAAAGCUCCCAUGAGCAUAAAGAAGUUUGUUGAGCUUUGCAAUGACGUCUUGUUUGAUAAGAAGCUUGCCAAAGAACUUAGAGAUCUUGACAAGUUAAGGAAAAUCUCAUACUACAUCUUCAAGAAUCCAUUGGUCUAUAAUCGCAAUGAUGAGUUCUUGUUCCUAUUUAAGAUUUGGAACUUGAUCACCAUGGAUGAGGCUGGUUUCCUAAGUAAGGUUGAAUUGUCCGGGCAAUUUGAUAAGUAUGUGGAGAGGAUUCAAGCCAAGGACAAGGAAUUAGACCACAACAGAUGCUAUAAGGGUUUACCACAAAAAAAAUCCUUCAAAGGUGGAAAAAAGAAGGGAGGAAAGAGUGGUGCAAGUAAGGCUGUUAAUACCAUUUUUGAACGUCCAGAAAACUGCAUUCGUUUGAUGUUGAAUAUCAUUCGCCACUUCCAAGGUGUGGCACAAGAACUUCAAAGGGGUGUUCGUGGUCAGUACAAUUUGGAUCAAAUACUCCAUGAAGCUGUUGAUCGCUACUAUAUGGAUGUUAUUCCUAUAGUUUGGUACCAAAUGACCAAGGCACUGUGGAAAGACGAUGAUAGAGAGGAGAAGACACAUGAAAAAAUUUCAAAUGGCUUUUAUCUUCAUGGUUACAGCACCCUUCAAUAUGCAUUGGAGAAGGAGCCCAAAAUCCUAGAGAUCUUCAACGAAAUCAUCGAUAGGUCACUCCUCCCCCUCUAGUGGGUUAUAGAUUCUUCAAGAUGUGAUGAAGCAAUCCCAAGAUUCUAGGGAUUUUGGAUGAAAUUGUUGACUCGCAAGCAAUUCUGAUUGCAGUGGAUUGUUCUCUUUUUUGCUCUGGCAAAACAAUUCUCUCUUCUUUCUUUAGUUAGCGAGAAAUAUAUACUCGUUGAGAUCAGAAUCGACUAUUAUUGGCCAUCCAACAAUAGAGAUAUUGAAGUCCGUUAACAAGCCAUGUAU